AUGGGCCCUAACAAGCUUCUCUCCUCCGACGCCUACACGGUCGCGCUCAUCUACGUCAAGCCUCUCGAGAUGCAUGCCAUCACCGUGAUGUUGGAUGAACAGCACGAGUCCGUCCCUCUGGCUUUGGAAGAUAAAAAUGAAUACACCCUGGGCCGCAUCGGGAAGCACAAUGUCGCCGUCGUGGGACCGGCCCGAGGCGCCCACGGAAAAGUUGCCAUGGCUGACGUGGUGGGGAGCAUCCACUGGACAUUCAGAAACAUGAUACUUGGUUUGCUGGUGGGAAUCGGCGGAGGCGUGCCUCAUUUUCCUCUGCACGACGUACGACUGGGAGACGUCGUCAUUGGAGCCCCGGAAGUCGGUCCUGCGGUGGUCCAGUAUGACCUGGGCAAGGAAACGACGAUGGGGUUUGAGGUGACCAGGACCUUGAAUAAACCACCUGCUUUAUUGCUCAAGGUUGUCAAUAUCGUGGAAAAUCAGUAUUUAAGGCAAGAACAAGGCGAGGAAAGCUUUUUUGCAACCCACCUCGAUCGAUUCAAUCGGUUUCCUCGUUUGCGAGAGCGAUAUCAGCGUCCAUCAACCAGAGAUCGUCUUUUUUCGUUAGAUCAUCGCCAUGAGACUGGUUCGGACUGUAGCAAGCACGAUGAGCAAUUCGAGAUCCGACGUCCGGAACGCGACCCUCCGGAUGAAAUCAAAAUACACUCUAGCACCAUCCUCUCGGGGGAUCGGGUGAUGAAGUCUGAAGUGACGAGAGACAAGAUCAGCGCCCAAUUUCAUGAUGCUCUCUGCUUCGACAUGGAAGCGGCCGGACUGAUGGAUAUCUUCCCAUGCCUGGUCAUUUGGGGUAUCUGCGACUAUUCGGAUUCGCACAAGAACAAAGGUUGGCAAGGAUAUGCGGCGGCCACCGCGGCGGCGUACGCGCGGCAGCUACUUCUAACCAUGGCCGAGAGAGUGGUGCAAGGGCUCCAACGUUCUGUCGAUAUCGGUAAAGACCUCGGCAGAGGCUCUAUCACCGAACCAUUACGCAUUGCUGAGCAGCCCGAUCGUCACUCAGGUGUGGUCUUUUCGGGGAACAAUAAUUCGGGUCUUCAGAAUGUUUAUAAUUCUGGCACCAUCACGUGGGGAAGGUAG